CAGCACCUAAGAGCAGUCUCUCAGCCCCUUCCUUCCUUCCUCCUGGUCUUUAAUCCUAUCUUGGUCAGUGCCAGAGCAGUUUUUCCCAGCUCCUUGCCUACUCCUGGACAUCCAUGCUUUCCUCAAGACCUUCUCCCUGUGGCUCAGUGCCCAAAGGGAAUCCGGAGAGCCACAGUAAGCAGGUCCAGUGGGCUUCUGUCAUUGAGAGUAAAACAUGCAAGGAGGGGCACUCAAAAUCCCAGCUGGAUUCUUCCAAAGCUCCAGGCCCAAAGACCCGGAAACCAAGCCGUCUGACAGUGAAGUAUGACCGCGGACAGCUACAGACGUGGCUAGAGACGGAGGAGUGGAUAGAUUCCCAACUCCAGGAACUGUACCAGGAGCAAUCAUUGUCCUCUGUGCCCGAGUUUGAUCUAGAAGACUUUGUUGAACUUUCCACAGAAGAACAGAAAACAAAACUGCAGACAAUACUCCAAGAAUGUGUCAGUCCUACAGAGCCUUUUAUCUCUGAGCUGCUUAGUCGCCUCAAGAAACUGCGGAGGCUCAGCCGGCCUCAGAAAUGAAACCUUCCCUUCGGCCUCACCUACCCUUAGAGCCCUGCGGAUUAUGGACCCUGUAGGCCAUACCCUUCCUGCCUCCCAGCGCUGCCCUCCAGACUCUGUGGGGGCCCGAGCCCCUUCAGGAUGCACGGGCCAGGGAAUUGGUAGGAUGAGAGACAUGUGGACACUGCCCGAGGGGACGUGGGAGAUGUACAGCUUCAGCCUGACGGCAUCGGCAGCCCAGGCCCCCAACCCCCUAUGAGACUGGACAAGAGACCCGGGUCACCACCUCUAGGGCUCUUUGGCAAGCCCCUGACUCAUGUUUUGAAUCUAGAAGGAUAAAGCCUAUGGAAAAGA